AUGGCUGGUUCAAUUGGAAACAUGGCUGCCAUAUACAAAAAGAAGACGUUCGCGUACGUUCCUCCAUCACCACCGGCUGACCUCAUCGAAGCUACAAGCUACACACUGGAUUUUGCGAGCCGUAAAUUUAUACUUGUCGGUAUCGAUCCGACAGAACAACUUCAAACAGUUGUUCUCUUAUUAACAUCAUCACGUUAUGUGAAAAUAAGUAUAGAUUUUCUAAGACGGAUAUUCUCACUUAUGGGUAACAUACUAUCAUUUAUAUUAAACAUACCACAGUCCAAUAAACGGAUCAUUUUUCUCGAAACCGAUGCUUAUAAAAUAUCAAGUAUGGUGUAUAACGGUUCAAACGUUCUGGUAAUUGAAUCCAAGACUGAAGAUGGAUGUAGAGUUUUAUUAAGUCGUUCAGAUUUAAUAAAACUCCAGGAAUUAGAAUGGUGUAUUACUGCUAGUAUUAAUGAAAAAGAAGAAAAAAUAAAACCAGUAAUUAUCAAGCAAAUUAGUGAUUAUUGCGAGUAUUUGAUGGAAAAAUGCUUGCAAUCGGAUUCACCGCCCAACAAUUUGAGGGAAAUGGAAAUUUUCAUUCGGAACGUUGAAGUCAUACAGAGUAAGAAGACACCUAACCUCGGUCAAAUUAAAAUGUUUGCGACUAAACAAUUGGCCGAACUUUGUAUGGCUCAUCGGAAAGUACCUACAGAAGUGGUAUAUGAUAAGAAUUGCAAAUCGCUGUCAUCUUUAUCACCCAGCAAUGCUUGUGAUGAAAUUAAUCCGUUGGAGGAUAAUGAUUUAGUUGAGUACGGGUAUUCACCGAUAUCGCCAAACUAUUCUCCAGGCAACAAUAUAGCUAAAUCUAUCGGUGAACGCGAUGGAUCUAUCAACAGUCUACCGCCACAUACAUCCGAUGAAUAUGAGUUAGAUUCACAAUACCCUCCAUGGCAUCACAACCCAGAUCUAUACCUACGCCAACAAGCUUUAGUAGUUGAUGAGAAUGAUGGUCCAACGUCUUUCAACCUCUCACCAUCAUCCCCUCCAGCUCUUCUAGGAUUCACGGGACAAAAGUUGGCAAAAAAAAAAAAAAAACCAUCUAUGCGGAGCGUAAAACGCAAACUAUUUUAA